ACUGUUUUGAUUACCAGAAGUUGUGUCAUAUCAGUACAUGCAAGUGUAAAUGAUGGUGGUGGAAGAAGAAAGAAGCAUAGAAGAAGGGCUUUUGCAGCUCAAGAAUCAAAACGACGAUUCAGAGUGUCGUAUUACUGCUUGUGUUAUCUUUAGCACUUUUGUCGCCGUUUGUGGCUCCUCCUUCUCUUCUGGUGUUGCUACUGGUUAUAUUUCAGGUGCUGAGACAGGAGUUGUGAAGGACUUAAAUCUUUCUAUCGCGCAAUUUUCAGCGUUUGGCUCAUUCGCCACUUUAGGAGCUGCAAUUGGUGCACUGUUCAGCGGUAAAAUGGCCAUGGUCAUUGGCAGAAGAGGGACAAUGUGGGUCUCCGAUAUCCUAUGCAUCACUGGUUGGCUCUCCAUCGCUUUCGCUGAGGAAGUGGUGUUGCUAAACUUCGGAAGAAUUACUUCAGGGAUAGGUUUCGGCUUGACGAGCUAUGUGGUACCUGUCUAUAUAGCAGAAAUUACGCCAAAACAUGUUCGUGGUACAUUUACGUUUUCAAACCAGCUUCUUCAAAACGCUGGACUCGCCAUGAUUUAUUUUUGUGGGAAUUUCAUCAAUUGGAGGACGUUGGCUUUAUUUGGUGCUUUACCAUGCUUCAUUCAAGUAAUUGGUUUAUUCUUCGUACCAGAGUCUCCAAGAUGGCUGGCAAAAGUUGGUACAGAUAAAGAACUAGAAAAUUCACUGCUUCGGCUUAGAGGGAGAGAUGCUGAUAUUUCACGUGAAGCCUCGGAAAUUCAAGUUAUGACCAAACUGGUAGAAAAUGAUUCAAAGUCGAGUAUUUCUGAUUUGUUUCAGAGAAAGUAUAGAUACACACUCGUGGUAGGAAUCGGGCUAAUGUUGAUACAACAAUUCUCAGGAAGUGCUGCUGUAAUCUCUUAUGCAAGUACCAUUUUUAGAAAAGCUGGUUUUUCGGUGGCCAUUGGAACGACAAUGUUAGGUAUCUUCGUGAUUCCAAAAGCCAUGAUUGGUCUCAUUCUUGUCGAUAAAUGGGGCAGACGACCUCUCUUGUUGACUUCUGCGUUUGGGAUGAGCAUGACUUGCAUGCUUCUUGGGGUCGCCUUCACAUUACAGAAAAUGCAAUUGCUUUCGGAACUAACUCCAGUAUUAACAUUUAUAUGCGUUAUGCUGUAUAUUGCAACUUAUGCAAUAGGCUUGGGAGGUCUCCCUUGGGUAAUUAUGUCGGAGAUAUUUCCAAUAAAUAUAAAAGUAACCGCAGGAAGUAUAGUUACGUUGGUCUCAUUUUCUAGUAGUUCAAUUGUCACUUACGCUUUCAACUUUCUGUUCGAGUGGAGCACUCAAGAAAUUGUGUCGUAUCAAUUAUCAUUACAUGCAUGUGUUAAAAUGAUGGUGGUGGAGAAAGAAAGAAGCAUAGAGGAAAGGCUUUUGCAGCAUAAGAAUCAAAACGACGAUUCAGAUUGUCGUAUUACUGCUUGUGUUAUCCUUAGUACUUUCGUCGCUGUGUGUGGCUCCUUCUCCUUUGGUGUCUCUCUUGGUUAUACUUCAGGUGCUGAGAUAGGAAUUAUGAAGGACUUGGGUCUUACUAGCGCACAAUUUUCAGCAUUUGCUUCAUUCUCCACUUUGGGAGCUGCAAUUGGUGCUUUGUUUAGCGGUAAAAUGGCGAUCAUCAUUGGUUGGUUUUCCAUCGCUUUCGCUAAGCUUCUUCAAAACUCUGGACUCGCCAUGGUUUAUUUUUCUGGGAAUUUUCUCAACUGGAGGACAUUGGCUCUAUUAGGUGCUUUACCAUGCUUCAUUCAAGUAAUCGGUUUAUUCUUCGUACCAGAGUCCCCAAGAUGGCUGGCAAAAGUUGGUAAAGAUAAAGAACUAGAAAAUUCACUGCUUCGGCUUAGAGGGAGAGAUGCUGAUAUUUCACGUGAAGCCUCAGACAUUCAAGUAGGAAUCGGGCUAAUGUUGAUACAACAAUUUUCAGGAAGCUCUGCUGUACUCUCUUAUGCAAGUUGUACCAUUUUAAGAAAAGCUGGUUUUUCGGUGACCAUUGGAUCGACGCUGCUAGGCCUCUUCAUGGUAAGUAUAUUUGGAUGCAGGAUGACACAUUUAUGAUGUUGGCGUUUAAAUCGACAUUUCUUUUAUGUUAAACUUUCAAAAUUCAAUGAACUUCAAUUCUAUGG